AACACACCACUCAUACUGGCUCUGCAUCAGUUCAUUGAGCGCCGGGUGUCCGCACUGCCCGUCGUUGACAAACGGUCCAAAGUGGUGGACGUUUAUGCAAAGUUCGAUGUCAUUCAUUUAGCCGCUGACAAGACGUACAAUAAUCUGGACAUUACGGUGAAGAAAGCGCUGGAGCACAGGGACCAGUCGGAGCGUGUGAUCAAAUGCACAAUGAAUGAUACGCUGCACCAGAUACUAGAGAAAAUUGUCCAGGCUGAAGUGCAUAGGAUAGUGGUGGUGGACAGCGAGGACCACGUGAUUGGCAUCAUAUCACUGUCCGAUAUAUUGUCGUUUCUGGUGCUCCGCCCGCUCGGCCUCGAGAGGAAGGACGUGGACUGUGAUAAGCUGGUCGAGGAGACCGCCGAAGAAGCGGCUGUCGAUGAUAGUGACCACAGCGAAGACACCACUACCAGCACCGGCGGUGGCAUCGCUAAGACAGCGCCCACACCCAUACCCGCCGCCACACCACUGGCCGAUCCGCUGAAGUGAAUUGGGAUGUGCUGUGCGAGUGAUGUGUGUCUAUGUGUCUGUGGACAGGGAUG